CUGCUCUCGACGAUGACCGAGCGGCCCAAGUAUGUCUUCGCCCACUUCAUGGUGGGCAAUACCUAUCCGUACACGACCAAUGUUUGGGAGCAAGACCUUAUCGACUGCAGGGAACGAGCGGGGCUCGAUGGCUUCGUGCUCAACGUCGGCCGCGAGGAAUGGCAGCGAGACCGAGUGCUGGACUGCUUCGCCACCGCGGCGGCCAUCCAGUCUCCUCUCAAACUCUUCCUGAGCUUUGACAUGAGCUCCAUCCCCUCUGCCACACCCGCCGACGUCGACCACCUCGCCGAGUACGUGGCCCGCCUCGCCCACCACCCCAACAUGUUCCGCUAUCCGGACGAAGAGCGGGUGGUCAUCUCGACCUUCGCCGGUCAAGACGCGACAUUCGGCUGCUCGCACCUCGACGAGGCGUGGGCUAUGGUGAAGCAGAGGUUGGAAACGCACUCGCCGGGUCCCAUAACCCUAAUACCCGCAUUCUUCAUCGAUCCCAGCCGGUAUCCGACGAUAGCGUCGAUGGAUGGGUACUUCCACUGGAACGGCGGAUGGCCUCUGCACCUAUCGCCCAACUCUCAUCGCAGGGAGAUAGAGAAGCCAGCUCUUGAUUCCGAUGUGCACCAUCUGCGCCAUCUGGAGGGCCGGCCGUAUAUGGCUGCGGUGUCUCCGUGGUUUUUUACGCACUAUGGGAAGGACUCGUGGAAUAAGAACUGGAUCUAUCGCGGCGAUGACUGGCUUUACGUCCGCAGAUGGGAAAAACUGCUCGCUAUGCGCGACCGGGUUGACAUCGUACAAGUGAUCUCUUGGAAUGACUACGGAGAAUGCCACUACAUCGCGCCAGUCCGCGGCGCGCAGCCCAAUUCGCAGGCGUGGGUCGACGGAUUCCCGCACGAGCCGUGGAUGGCGCUCACGGCCUACCUCGCGCGCGCCUUCCGUGAGGGGCGCCAUCCGCCCGUCGAGAAAGAUCAGAUAUUCAUGUGGGCGAGGCCGCAUCCGAAGGACGCGGAGGCGCGGAACGAUGCUGUACCAAGGCCGGGUAACUGGGAGUUGACGGACGACAAGUUCUGGGUCGUCGUGCUCGCUAUGUCUCCUGCGACGAUUAGGCUGAGUACAAUCGCGGAUGGAGAAGACGCAGUGCGAGCCGAAGAGCGCAAGUCAGCACGUUUCACAGCCCGCUUGAAAGUUGCCUUUGGAGGACGGGGCCACGGCGUCGAGGGAUCCUCGACCGACGAGGCUUUACAUCACGUUCAAGCUGGUCUGACGAAGCUCUCCCAUCCGCUGCGCCCUGGGCAUGGGAUGCGGGCCGUGAUGGAGCGCGACGAUGAAGUCGUGGCGAGAUGCGCACCGGCCGAGUUCCGCUUCGAGGCGGCGCCUGAGGUGUACAACUUCAAUGCCUAUGUAGCACAGUCGGACUAGUCCAGUGGACGAUGUACAUACGAGCUACGACGUCGGAGACGAGGAUGUACGAAUGCUGUGACCGCACGCCCUUGCUCGGUAUGGGUGCUUGAAGGUCCAUAUGGGUGCCGACGGUCAAACAAGACAAAAUACACGCGUCGUCUUCAAUGCUCCUUGCC